AUGGAUUUCUUGAGACUUAAGAAGUUUGUUCGAGCAGCCCACAAACCAAGCUCUGUGGAUGAUCCCCCAAAUUCCGACGAGGAGCGGUGUAAUAACCCAGCUGUGGGGCUUCAGCUUCCACCCAAGGGUCAAAAAGCUGAACCUUUGGAUAAUAAUGCGGUUGGGGUUGAUGCUACCACCCCUGCAGAUGCUGAGGAUGAUGAUGAUGAUUUUAUUACAAAUGAAGUCAAAAGGAGGCUGAAAGAGCUCAAAAGAAAUAGUUUCAUGGCUUUGAUACCCGAGGAGGGGGCUCCUGGGGAUGAUGAUGAGUUGGAUGAAGUGGAGGACGAGGGAGAGACCACCUCCACCGAGUGGAGGGAUGUAGAAGCCGAAGGUCACCACUUCUGGUCUGGUUUUGAUGCCUUCUAUGAUAGUUACCGUGAUCUAAUGCUGUUCUUCGACCGUGUGAUGGCGCAGCAGCUGAGUGAAAUUGGUGAGGAAGGUUCUCAUGCUCCUUCUAUGCCUUUGGAACGAUCUGCAUCCAAAAAGUUAUCAGCUCCAUUUCGGUGUCUGUCUCUGAAAAAGGUUAAAGAACCUGUGGAUGAAACAGAGUUCUUGAAGCAGCCAGGAACUGACCCCUAUCAGGAGCUAGAAACAGCAUAUGUAGCUCAACUGUGCUUGACUUGGGAUGCCCUUCACUGUCAAUAUACACAGCUUAGACAGAAAAUCUCUUACGCGCUUGAAAGUUCCACUGCUUACAAUCAUAGUGCUCAGCAAUUUCAGCAGUUCCAGGUUAUACUCCAAAGGUUUAUAGAAAAUGAGCCUUUUGAGCAAGGCUUCCGACCAGAAAUUUAUGCACGAGCAAAGAACUCUUUGCCAAAACUGCUUCAGGUUCCUAAGGUCCAAGGUAAUGAUAACAGAACUAUAGAAGAAGAAGAAGAAUCAAAUUUGCUGAUGCUUGCACCAGAGCUGAUUACCAUAAUGGAGAGCUCAAUCCUUACAUUUUAUCAAUUUGUGAAGAUGGACAAGAAAAGAUCUGGGGGUGUGCGGAAUAUAUUCGUUACUCAGAGCCAGAUGGCUACUCCUCUACAACAGGUGCAGGCUUCUUUUGAGAAAAAAGCUUUGAAACUGAAAGAGCUGCGAAAGAAGACGAGAAGGUGGAAAAAGAAUGCAUGGCCAACGGUACGUGAAGACGAGGAUCUAUUGCUGGCCACUAUUGAUGUGAAGGGAGGGGUUUUAUACCAGUCUUCGGACUGUAUGGCAACAGAGAGCCCUGUGAGAAUCGUGGAGAACACUGGGGCUAGAAAAUGGGUCUCGUCUUCAGAUGCUGCUUCUUUCACACAACCAUUGGAUCAUUUGGCUGCAGAUGAGUUGGGUUUAUUACUUGGCGGGCAUAAUCUUCAAGGAGAUCGUAAAAACAUGGUUCCAAACCGUAGUGGCAGCGCUCCUCCCAGCAUGGAAGGUUCCUACGUUGCAGCAUUUGGAAAUCUUAUAUACCAACAACAAAGGCCUAGUUGGGAUUCUACAGCUCUCCAACAUUAUCAUUCAGGUGACCAAAUGCAUUUGAACCCAUCAAGUUCUUCGGGACAUUCUUCGUCCAGUUUCAACUUGAAUCCACAGCUUAUCCGGCCUAAUGUGUCAAGGGACAGUCUACAUCAAGUACGCCAGAUAGGGGCUCCUGGCGGUAGUUGGAAUAUGACAUCUUCUGGAAGCAAUGCUGACAGAACUAUGAUUUUGGCUAGAAGUUCCCUUUCUACUCAUCCAGAGGAGCCAGAGGACGAUAGCUCCACCCUGCUGACUUCUGAUGAUUGGGCUGAAAGUAGUGCUUCAGUUGUUCCUGAACAGAGUUUGUUGUCUUCAUCUGGUCGCCACAAAAGUUUGGUUGACUUGAUACAGGAAGAUUUCCCCCGCACACCGUCACCAGUGUACAACCAAUCUCGUUCAUUAGGGCAUAAUACGGCAGAUGAACCAAUUGAAAGUGAAAAUCAAGCUCUCACCUUGGACGAUCUAUCUCUUGAAGUUUCGAAGUCACCUGAAUCUAAACGUAGCACUGAUUCUAGUGUUCAAGUUGAAGAUUCUCAAAAGUUGAAAGCCAGCGAUGAAGCAUCUUAUCCAAAUAAACAUGGGGGGUCCUCUUCACCUCAAAGCAACAAAGACAUAAGUAAAGAAAAAUACGACAAAGAAAUAAGUAAAGAAAAAUACGAGGAAACUAAGAGGCAUACACAAGAUAAAUUUCCUGAGAAGAACACAGUGCAGCAGCAGUAUCUUACAUUCACUCAACGACCACAUUAUCAACUUCAUGGAUCUCAUGAUCAAGUUACUAAUCCGCCACUGAGUGAUAUGCACUCGGGCAUCAGCAAAGUUCCUCAAAACAGUCUAAAAUUUUCUUCAGAAGGGCAGGCCACACUGCAAGCUCCUGGAUUUACUCCUCCCCUGUAUGCCACGGCUACAGCUGCAGCAUACAUGGCUUCAGGAAACCAAUUUUACUCGAAUUUCAGUCCAUCUACUUUUUAUGCUCCGCAUUACAGUAUGGCCGGAUAUACAACAUUUAGUUCCUCAUUUGUUCCAUCUUUUGUUGCUGGAUAUCCAUCACAAACAAGUGUCUCUAUGCAUUUUGAUGCCAGUUCUGGACAAAGCUAUGGUGAACAAAUUGCUGGUGUUUCAGCAGUGGAAAAUAGCCAGCAAGUCAGUGAUUUGCAACAUUAUAACAAGUUUUAUGGUCAUCAAGGGCUGAUGGUGCAGCCCUCCUUGUCUGAUCCUUUUCACUUGCAGUACUUUCACCCACCCAUGGAGGAUGCAUAUGGCCAUCCAGCACAUUAUGCCCGUUUGUCACCGAUGAAUGUGGUUGGAGGUCAAUUUGAUUCUUAUUCUCCACAGAAGGAUCCAAACUUCGUGGCUUAUGUUGGUGAUAGAAAAUUCCAGCCUUCUCCUAGUGAUGGUAGCCCGAGCAUAUUGAGUCCAAGAAAAGUGGUAACUCCUGGCAAUAAUUUCUACGGGACUCCAGCGGGCCUCAGUUUCUUGUCCCAGUAUCCUGGAUCCCCUAUUGGCAGUGCGGUGCUACCGGGAUCUCCAGUUGGAGGGGGGGACCUAGCGGGUAGGAGAAACGAGUUAAGACAGGCUUCUGUCAGAAACCCUGGUGUCUAUUCUGGGUGGCAAGGACAAAGAGGACGUGAUGGCUUUAGUGACCCAAAGAAGCAGAGUCUUCUGGACGAACUGAAACCAAGCAAUGCACAGAAGAUUGAUCUUUCUGACCUUGCUGGUCGUGUUGUUGAGUUCAGCAUUGAUCAACACGGCAGUCGAUUUAUACAGCAGAAGCUGGAAAAUUGCACUGCUGAAGAGAAGGCAUCUGUCUUCAAAGAAGUUCUUCCACAUGCACCAAAAUUGAUGACAGAUGUUUUUGGAAACUAUGUAAUUCAGAAGUUCUUCGAGCACGGGAAUCCUGACCAGAGGAAAGAACUUGCAGCUCAACUAUCUGGGCAAAUGCUAACAUUAAGUUUGCAGAUGUAUGGGUGUCGUGUUAUUCAGAAGGCGCUAGAGGUUGUUGAUCUUGACCAGAAAACAGAACUUGUUUACGAGUUAGAUGGACAUGUAAUGAGAUGUGUGCGGGAUCAAAAUGGAAACCAUGUCAUACAGAAAUGCAUUGAAUGUGUCCCUACCGAAAAGAUAGGCUUUGUAAUCUCUGCUUUCCAAGGACAGGUUGCUACACUGUCCACUCACCCAUACGGUUGUCGUGUUAUUCAGAGAGUGUUGGAGCACUGUUCGGAUGAUCCUCAAAGUCAAUGUGUUGUGGAUGAGAUACUGGAAUCAGCCUAUGUUCUCGCUCAAGAUCAGUACGGAAAUUAUGUCACCCAGCAUGUUCUAGAGAGGGGAAAACCAUUUGAAAGAAGUCAGAUUAUCAGUAAAUUGAUGGGGAACAUCAUUUUACUUAGUCAACAUAAAUAUGCAUCAAAUGUUAUUGAGAAAUGCUUGGAGUAUGGUGGUGCUACUGACCGGGAGAACUUGAUUGACGAGAUUCUUGCUCAACCAGAGGAGAGUGACAAUUUAUUGACGAUGAUGAAGGACCAGUUUGCGAACUACGUAGUGCAGAAGAUACUUGAAAUAAGCAAUGACAGACAGCGGGAAAUAUUGCUGAACAGAAUCAGAGUACAUCUUCAUGCUUUGAAAAAAUAUACUUAUGGGAAACACAUUGUUGCUCGAUUUGAACAAUUAUCUGGGGAAGAGGGUGAGAGCACUGAGCCCUAA